AUGACUAGCGAGAUUAAAGGAACAUUAUCGGUAUCUCCAAAGGUCACAACAGAUGGAGAAUUCCUCAUCCACUCCAAACAUACAUUCUUCAAAGACGUUGAAAAUGUCUCUAUCAAAUCUUUGGGAUGGCUUCAGAUUUGUCUACAUCAGUUUUUGACUCCUGAAGCUCACAUGCAUAAACUGCAUGGAAGACCAUGUCACCUCGUCGACAAUCAAUUUUGCAGUUACUGGUGGAAUGAUUUGCUGACAAACCCAACAUCUGCCCUUGGAUCCGUUGUUUUGAGCGCCUUCCUCAGAGAAACUGAAGUUUGUGGCUCGUGUCCCUUUUGUGAGACGGACUUUUCUGUUCAGGCUUCUUCUGAAAUCACCAUACUGCGCGUAUGGCAGCGUUUUGGGUCAGAGACAAGUUUCUCGAGCAACAUUUCAUGGCAAGGGCAGAUUCGACUACCACCUGAAAGAGUUGUUGCUUCUUACCCUCCUGGAAGUAUUCGGGAGCUGUAUGGCUAG